AUGGUCGUGCGCUUGAAUCGGCUUUUGCCUCGGAAUGGCCUGUUUUGGCGUUACUACGGGUUCAACAGCAGCAUCCUGUCGCCCGAACGGAGAAGCGAGGUCGUGUUUCAAGCCCUCGAACUCCUCGUCUGGGAGGCUCAUCCCGACGAAGACCUCAAGAUCACGUCGCGCCAAGCAAAGGAUACCAUCGAGCAACUUUUGGUGGAGGUGGUUGACGCGGCAACCCGCUUCGCGGACACUUUUGCAGUGCCGCCAAACUCCUGGGAGUCUCGCCACCUUGCCGCACAAGGCAUUUCAGAUCCCAUCACGCGCGAAGUCUCCGAUGCAAACGCCGAGGAGCAGCGCUCUUUCAUUGAGCGAGCGCAUCCAACCACCAGACUGGGCAAGGAGCUAUCGCUCAACGUGUUCGCGGCGCUCUUCGUCGCUAUUGUCGACGCCCGUGAAAUCUUCCUGGCCGAUGAGCGCUUGGCUCAUCAAGACCCGUCAAGACACUCACCACUUGCCCAGGCAGUGGACAGGUUCAAGGCGGCUGCUUGGUGGUGGUAUAAGGCGAAGGUCCCUACUGAUGAGCAGGUCGUUGAGGAGGGCGAAGACAGUGACGAUGAGAUAGAGGACGAGGAAGACGAGGAUGGGAUAGAAGAGUAA